GGGUCUUAGCUCCGUCUAUGUAGAAAUUGCUAUUUCCUCUCUGAAGCCACGCUUUGCACAGUAAUGAUGCUAACACAGAAACCUCCCUGCCUGAAGUCUAUUCUACAGCUGAUAUUUGAUGCCAACCCUUACAGUGAGUGAUACAGGCCACAGAAACAAAUCCAGAUGCACUGUAUUUAAAUACAGCCAGUCCUGAAGGCUCUGGUUAAUUUCUUUUCCCUGUGACCACUCAUCAGAACACGAAUUUGCCAACAGCCAUCAGGCAAACGCAUCCACGCUGGACCAAGGCCAACAGCAAGCACCGCGGUGGCAGUCGGGCUGCAAGGUGGAGGGUGCCCGGGCACCACCUGGGUGAAAACAUGCGGGGGCUGCUGGGAAGCAGCUGGAGGAGGUUUGGACACGCUGGCAGGGGGACAUACGAGUGGCUAACCAGCGAACCAAGCGUGCCUCUCCUGGAGACCCAGCUGCAGGGCACCCAGAAGGCGAGCUCCUCUCAGGAGGACGCCGAGCCCUUCCUGUGCAUCCUGCUCCCGGCCACGGUGCUGCUCUUCCUGGCCUUCCUGCUGCUCUUCCUGUCCCGGCGCUGCCAGGCUGCAAGGGCCCAGGGCCAGGGGUUCGGCGUCGACCUCCCGGAGGAGCAGCAGCGACCCGCAGGCGCAGGCCAGGCGACCGCCGAGGGAACCGAGCUGACGGACCUCCUGGCCAGCCUCCCUUGGGCCAGCGAGCGACACUUCGCUUACUCCCCUCUGCAGGCCAACCGGACCCUGCUCCAUGCGCGUCCUCCGCCCUCCUAUGCGGAGGCCACCGGGAGCCCUGCUGGGCAAGAGGCCCCGGGGGGUUCUUCCGUGUGAACAAGGGUCCCCUUGGCUGCCCCGGCCAAGUCUGCUGCCUGGGACAUGGUUUCAAACAGCUCUCAGCCUGUACCCAUGAGAACAGAGAAAAUGGACCUCGAGAAAGGGACGAAGGGAGCUGGGACCCAAAAGGCCCUAGUGACCGGCACACUCCUUCCAGCUGGCCGGGGUUGGGGAAGCUUGAGGGGUGCCCUCCUAACUAGCCUGUCUUCAAGUUGCUCAGGGGCCGGCCCUAGCAGUUCUCGGGAAGAUGACUGGGCUCCCUGUAAAUGUAUCGUAUCACACAAAAACAAGGAGAUUCUGUGAGAGUGGAGGAAACAUUUUUAAUUAUUGGUGAGGAACUAGCUUUGAAAGUCAAGAGAAAAAUGCUGGACGCCCCAGAGGUGACUGCUUUGUCACUGAAUGAACUCCCUCUUUGUGCACCAGUGUUUCUUAGGGUUUUACAUCUGGAUGAAUGCUUCAAGGUCCAUGGAGUUCUGGGAGGAGCACAGGACAUCUCCAGUGUGCAGGGGCAACUGUGUUGCAAAUAAUGAUCAAAUGUGUUUGCUCUUCACAAUGAAAGAACAGAUGGCAAAUGCUAAAAAAUAGUAACAAAGCUCUCAGAAGUUACCACCUGUCUAGUUACCACUCUUGCUUGUCAUGAUUUGCUUGCUAGAGUGGGGGGGGGGUUGGCUUAGUUACACAAUAGUACUGACAAUAGUGUUACGGGGCUGCUAUCACAUAGUAUCUCAUCAUAUAUACCACUGUGGUCAUCUGUCAUUAUAUUAGUAUGCAGAGCUCCUGCAUAAUAGGAUAACACUGUAACUGAAUUUGAAUCUACUCUACCAGCAUAGAAAUCAACUUAACACUGGAAAGUAAAGGUCAAAUGUUGGGUAAACAGAAACAGAUCCACUUUAACAGAGCCCUUAUAAAUUACAUAAUUCCAACUCUGGGUUUACAGACAUCAAAACUAGAGUUCAGAGAGGCCACAUUGCUUGUGCAAUGUUACCUUAUAAAAGGCAGAGCUAGGACCACAGGUCCUCCAGGACCUCCCACCAGGUUAGAUGUUUUCCCAAAAGCAGCACAGAGUUGAAUUUCAGCCAGGACAGGAUGGCGGUAGGGUCUGUAUGGAGGAUAAUUGCUAGUGAGUUUUAAAAAGUUUUGUUUUGUUUUUGACAGUAUAAAAUGCAAAUUAGGCAACCCAUUGAUGAUUCCCAAUGAUCAAAAAAUAAUGACUUUUAACUUUGUGACAUGAACAUUUUUGUCAUAUAGGGAGUAUUUUAAACUUUUAGGAAAAAAAUGGUCAGCAAAAAUAGCCUACAUUUAAAUGUAAUCUAAUAGAAAUAAUGGUUGUAUCUUUGAGGACUACAGCAAAAGAAACUAAGUGAAAAUCAAUUAUUUCUUUUAGGGAAAUUGUACUGAAUGAUGUUCUAGUGUUAAGAAAAAUAAACAAACAUAUGGUAAUGAAAAA